AUGCUACUUUCUGGUCUAAUAUUUCAUGUCACAAUAUUCACCAUCUUCUCCGAAGCCCACAUUAUCAUUACCUAUCCUGGCUGGAGAGGCGAUAACUUGAUCACGAACAGUUCAUUUCCUUAUGGCAUGCAAUGGUCAUAUCCGUGUGGUGGUAUGCGCACAACGACUAAUCGUACUAACUGGCCGGUGGGAGGCGGGGCUGUUGCAAUCCAGCCUGGCUGGUUUCAAGGCCACGCUUCAGCGCUCUUCUACAUUAACCUGGGAUAUGGUACUGAAGGGCCGGACGGUGGUCCUCCAAAUAUGUCGUUUCCAAUGGUACCUGUUUUUCAAAUUACAGGCCCCUCAAAUAACGCCUAUCAGGGGUCCUUCUGCCUUCCAAAUGUCACGCUGCCAGCAAAUAACAUUACUGUGAAGCCAGGUGACAAUGCUACAAUUCAGGUUGUAGAAACAGCUACUCAUGGCGCCAGCUUGUAUAGUUGUGUCGAUAUAACUUUCACGGAACCUGAAUUUGUGAAUGAGGUCAAUAGCUCUAACUGCUAUAAUAGCUCGGAUAUCUCAUUCAACGAAAUGUACACUAUCCCUGCACAAUCUCUGGGAUCACGAACCCCCAUCACUGAGAAGAUCAUAUUAAUUAUUGCCAUUUUUCUAUUCUACAGAAUGUGA